UGGUGGCCAGCCUCUCGCGGAACGGGACACGCAUGAGAACGCGGCGAGCCUGCCCGCGCCGGCUUGACCUCGUCAGCAUCCUCAUCGGCCCCGGCUGCCCGCUGCAUCGCCCAUCUCCCGCCGCGCGUUCCCCAUGACGGCCGUUGCGAGCCCGCCCAGCUUCGCGAAUCUCAAUCGGCCGGGAUGGCUUAAUGGGGGCCAGUCGCUGAACACGAUCAACUCGUCGGACGACGUCAGAGGCAUCAACAUGUUCAUGCAGCGAAAAACCCUCCAGCGAACGAACUCGUCGUCGUCGGUCGCGUCGACAUCCUCAACCGGGUCGGCCUCGACCGUGACGUCAACUGCCUCCUCGCUGGCUAACGGCUACCUGGGGCAGGGCGGAGGCGACGCGAAUGCGAGCGCGUGGUCGAAUCCCGCGCCUCGCAAGCGCCCGGCCGCAAAAGGGGCAUGGUCGAGUGGGAAAGCGGAUGCGGCUGCCGAUUUCCAAAGGGCCACGUCCGGCCGCACGCCAACGACAAAUGGCGUCAAUGGCGCGUCGGCUGUCCACCAGCAGCAGUCGUUGCUGCCGCCACAGAACCACCUCAUGGGGCAAGGUGGGCGAGCCCACCCAGGUGUUGAUCCCAUAACCGCCGGACGGCAGCCGAUGCUCUACCUGCUCUCUCUCAACGGCAGUUUUGAACGCAAGACCAUCGCGGUUCCCUUUUACCCGGAGACUCUCCGCAUCGGGCGCCAGACCAACGCCAAGACGGUGCCAACGCCGGUCAACGGUUACUUCGACAGCAAGGUGUUGUCGAGGCAGCACGCUGAAAUUUGGGCUGAUGCCAACGGGAAGAUCUGGAUCCGAGACGUCAAGUCGUCCAACGGGACCUUUGUGAACGGCACGCGGCUGUCGCCCGAGAACCGAGACUCCGAGCCGCACGAACUGCAGGCCCAGGACCAUCUCGAGCUCGGAAUCGACAUUGUUAGCGAGGACCAAAAGACAGUCGUGCACCACAAGGUGGCCGCCAAGGUGGAGCACGCGGGUUUCCUCACGCCGACUAGCAACGUGUUGGACAUGGGUUUGGGGGAUCUCGACCCCUCGAGCAGUUCCAUGAUGCCGUCGCUAGGGGGUGUGCCGCCGUUCAGACGAGUUGGCAGUCAGCCGGCUGGGGCCGCCGGCGGCAACCGCAUGGCCCCAGGGGCCAUGGGAGGACAACCAAAUGCGGUGGCGCAACAGCGGCAGUUCUUUCUCAACUCGGUAACGGCGGAACAUGUCGUCAAGAAACUCCACACCGAGUUGCGCAAUGCGCGUCUACAAAACCAGGAUCUGGUUCGGACAAGCCAAUUCAUCAACGCGCUAUUGUCGAAAGAAGAUAUCAAGAACCUGGACAAACCUGAGGCCCCCGAACCGCCAAAAGCGCACUUACCUAACGGACACAUCUCGUUCCGAUCAGACGGCGCCAAGACGCGAUUCUCGGAGCCGCCCGCUCCGCCGCCAUCGCAGCCGCUUCCCGAGAAGCCGGACGCGGCCCGGGCAUCGGACGCCCCGUCGUUGAAGCGAGCCACAACGGAGCGCUCGAAGGCGGCAACCACGUCGCCUGUCCGUCAAGACAACAACCUCAACCAGAUUCUUCUGCUCACCGAGGCGCUAAACACUGCCAAAAAGGAGCUUGACAGCCACUCGGCGAGGGUACGGGAUUUGGAGGAGAUGUUGACCAAGGAGCGGGAGGCUCGGCUGCAUGCUGAGGAUAUGAUGCAAAAGAUGGAGGAACGCAACCAGGCGAAGGUGAACGGCACGGCCGAAGCGCCGUUGGUCAAUGGCCACGCAGAACUCGACAAAGCUUUCGACCCGCCUGCCGAACAGCCCUCAAGCGCGGAGCCCGAGACGCCUAGGAGCGACGCCGAGGCAGAGACGGCCCCGCCGCAGCCAGACCAGUCCGAGGCAAUGGCUGCAGCGUUCCAGGCCCGUAUCGACGCAAUGGCGCUGGAGAUGGACAGUUUAAGGGCGCAACUAGAGGCAUUCCGGCUGCGGGCGGAGAAGGCCGAGGCCGAACGGGAUGCCGACCGGAAGACACUUGCCGAAAUGGUCCUUCAGAUACGGCAGCGCGACGAAGAAGAAAAGAAGCGCCAGUCCGAGAGGAGGCGCAGGUCGCCGUCCAAGAGCAGGCGGCGGGCUCCCAGCGAAGCCAAAGAGCCGGAGAAGCAGGCCGCGACCAUGAACGGCAGCGCCACAGAGCCGCCGACCGCCCACCACGACGAGCCCGCGGACGACGCGGAAGCAUCUGACGUCGCACCUAAGCCCUCUCCGGCCGAAUCUUCGAGGCCCGGUGGGGCCCCGCUGGCGGUCCAGGGACAGCAACACCAGGACGCGACUCUAAUACACGCGCUGCCGUAUGCGUCCAUGAUUGGGGUUGUCCUCUUCGGCAUGGGCCUGAUGGCGUACCUCAACGGGUGGCAGCCGCAGCCGAGACUGGACCGCUAGUUAGCC